UGGGCCAAUCCAUUCUCCAGAGUGCGCAGGGGGGAGAGUGACUUGGAGAACCAGUGAGUCAGGCAAUUAUCUCCCCGAAAGCUGAAAGACUUCUUUAUCCACGUUGUUUCCGUUCACUGAAGCCCUAGAACUGGGAAGUGUGGACUUGGAAUAGGGACGAAAAACGGAACUGGGAAUGGGAGGAGCCCGCACCCCUCCCAGCCUUGGUGUGCGCCGCGCCCCCUACCCUCCUGGUACUCCGCAGGGGACGAGCCGACGGGACUUGCCCGGACUGCCGCGAUGGCGCCAGUGGCCCGCGGGCUGACUGGGCUGCUGGGCUCCUACCUGGGCACCUCGGAUUGGGGCGCGGUCGUCUUCGUGUGGCUCUUUCUAGGCACUUUGUGCACAGCCCCUAUCAGUGCCAUCCAGGUGACUGUGUCAGACCCCUACCACGUGGUGAUCCUCUUCCAGCCUGUGACCCUGCCCUGUACCUACCAGUUGACCACGACUCCCACAGCACCCAUUGUGAUCUGGAAGUACAAGUCUUUUUGCCGGGACCGCAUUGCUGACGCCUUUUCUCCAGCCAGUGUUGACAACCAGCUCAAUGCCCAGCUGGCAGCUGGUAACCCGGGCUACAACCCCUAUGUGGAGUGCCAGGACAGCGUGCGCACCGUCAGGGUUGUGGCCACCAAGCAGGGCAAUGCCGUGACUCUGGGAGACUACUACCAGGGCCGGAGGAUCACUAUAACAGGAAAUGCUGACCUGACCUUUGACCAGACGGCUUGGGGGGACAGUGGUGUGUAUUACUGCUCUGUGGUCUCAGCCCAGGACCUCCAGGGGAACAACGAGGCCUACGCAGAGCUCAUCGUCCUGGGCAGGACCUCAGGGGUGGCUGAGCUCUUACCUGGUUUUCAGGCGGGGCCCAUGGAAGAUUGGCUGUUCGUGGUUGUGGUCUGCCUGGCUGUCUUCCUUGUCUUCCUCCUCCUGGGCAUCUGCUGGUGUCAGUGCUGCCCACACACCUGCUGCUGUUACGUCAGGUGCCCCUGCUGCCCAGAAAGGUGCUGCUGCCCAGAGGCUUUGUAUGCAGCUGGCAAAGCAGCCACCUCAGGUGUCCCGAGUAUCUACGCCCCCAGCACCUAUGCUUACCUCUCCCCUGCCAAGACCCCACCCCCAGCAACCAUGAUUCCCAUGGGCCCUGUCUACAAUGGAUACUCUGGAGACUUCGACAAGAAUAGCUCAGUAGGUGGCGGUAGCUCCCAGGUACCCCUGCUUCGUGACACAGAUAGCAGUGUGACUUCUGAAGUCCGUAGUGGCUACAGAAUUCAGGCCAGCCAGCAGGAUGAUUCCAUGCGGGUCCUGUACUACAUGGAGAAAGAACUGGCCAACUUUGACCCUUCUCGACCUGGCCCCUUAAAUGGCCGUGUAGAGAGGGCCAUGAGUGAAGUCACGUCCCUCCAUGAAGACGACUGGAGAUCUCGGCCUUCCAGGGGCCCUGCCCUCACCCCGAUCCGGGAUGAGGAAUGGGGUCGACAGUCCCCUCGGAGCCCCAGGAGGUGGGAGCAAGAGCCCCUCACAGAGCGGCCCAAGAGUGGUUGGGGGGCUGGUCGGCCCCGGGCCCGCUCUGUGGAUGCUUUGGAUGACCUCACACGGCCAGGCUCUGCAGAAUCGGGGAGGAGGUCUCCCCCAAGUAGUGGGAGGAGAGGCCGAGCUUACGCACCCCCACGAAGCCGCAGCCGUGAUGACCUCUACGACCAGGAAGACCCAAGGGGCUUUCCACACUCCCAGGAACCCCACUUCAAUGACUUCAGGCCCAGUGACCGCCCUUACACUGACCCUAAGUCUCGCUACCACCGCUCCCGGGACCCUCGGAAUGAUAGCUCUAGGUCCGGGGACCCCCAAUAUGAUGGGAGGCUUUUGGAAGAGGCCUUGAGGAAAAAGGGGCCAGGAGAAAGGAGACCUUACAGGGAGGAAGAGAAAGAGGAGGCCUACUAUCCACCUGCCCCUCCCCCUUACUCUGAGACUGAUUCCCAGGCCUCACGGGAGCGGAGGCUUAGGAAGAACUUGGCCCUGAGUCGGGAAAGUUUAGUCGUCUGAUCUCGUUUUGUAUGUAGUUUUUGUACUUUUUUUUUCAAUUUGAGGAACUGUUGAUGAUACUCAAAAGUAUAAUAAAAUAUGUGAUCACAAGGCCUAAA